AAGUUCCACAAUCAAACCCUCAACACUGAUUCUCCAAAAGGCCACUUCUAAUCACUAGAACACAUAUCUCUCUACGAAGCCUCCACACGAUCACUCCAAUCAUGGCGUCAAGAGGAAUCACAAUGGGUCUUAUUUUCAUGGCGGUCCUACUGGCAGGGUCGGUGGACCAGGCUGCAGCCCAAUCUGGGUGCACCACUGCGCUCACCACCAUGUAUCCCUGCCUCGCCUUCGUCACAGGGAACUCGUCGACCCCUACUUCCUCAUGUUGCUCGGCACUCUCCUCCGUGGUCCAGUCAUCCCCAAAGUGCCUCUGCUCGGUCCUCAAUGGCGGGCUCCCUUCCCUUGGCGUAACCAUCAACCAGACUCAAGCCACGCAGCUCCCGGGUGCUUGUAACGUCCAGACUCCACCAGUCAGCCAGUGCAACGCUGCAAGCGGGCCAACAGCCUCUGCGGGUUCACCCGUGGGUGCCCCUGUGGGCGCUCCGUCCGAGUCUACAAGUGACACUCCUGAUGCUGCCGCUGCCACUCCUUCGGCCUCCACCACUCCUUCAGGUACCUCGGAUGUCGGUGGUGGGUCUAAGGCGACUCCAUCCUCGCCCACGCCGGUUGCACACGGGAGCAGUGUCAAAGUGUCGCUGCAGUUCGUGCUAUUGCUACUCUUUGUAGCCUCUUACUCUUCCAUUGCCCAAUGAGUAUGCUGAGCCAUUCCUAUGGAGAUUGCGAGCCCCGUUGUGGAUUUCGUUUUACACUUGAGAGAUAUGAUUCUUUGUUGCUUUGAUCUGGUUGGGUCAUCAUUUGUAUUGGUGUUGCCAUUGGUUCUUUCAUGAGUUGUAUGAUAUGUGUGGCAUUAUAUGUUAUUUGUCGACGAGUUUCAUGCGAGAUCAUAUUUGUAUUUAUAUUGGUGGAUAUUCCAUCUUUCAUAAUUUCAACUCAUCUCUCUUUCUC